CUAUGACGAGUCAGGGCGUCUAGUCCAGACCAUUCGAUUGCACACCGUGGGAAAUUCACAGCUUCUCGAAACGAAAACCGUGCGUUUCGGAGCAGUGAAAAGUGCAUUCGAGGUGUUUGAUAAGUCAGAAUGAGAACGCCGUCCUAAUUCCCACCAAAUACUAUGCAUCAUCAGAUAUAAGCAAGGUGGUGCUCAGGCCAACGAAUUGAGUGACUUCAGCUCACAGAACAAAGUGGACUUUAUGGAAACACCAAGCGCAUAUGUAGUUAGAAUAAUAACAUUCCAAUUUGAUUCCAACAAUCGAUAACUUUUCCCUAUUUUUGAAGAAACAAAAGGAUAGUAUAUUUCUGAAAAACUUAAGAUCAACUAUGAGUUUUGCCAAAUUCAACAGCACAGAUAUUCCAGAUAAUGAAUUUAUGUCCCCAGUCACUUUGAGUGAUGAUUGGUCACGUAUGGCUAGGUUGAUGGUUCUUGUUUGUUUGGCAUCAGUAGGGAGCGUUGGAAAUGUAUUCAUGAUAAGUGCCGUUAUGAUAGAUGAUUAUUUAAGAAAAAAAGGAAAUACAUUCGUUGUGAACAUCGCCCUCGCUGACUUCCUAGUUUCUGGGUUGGUGAUGCCGGCCUCAGCUGUUGUUAUACUAGCUGGCAUCCAGGACAAUUUAGACGUUUGUCGAUUUCAAUGGUUCCUAGCAGCUCUCUGCUUCCUCGUCAGUGUACUCUCCAUAGCAGCAGUUGCUGGGGAAAACUAUCUCCGACUCUGUUGCACAGCAGAAACCAAUGCAAAACUCACUUCCGGUAAAAUAACAACGCUUCUUGUAGUAUUUUGGAGUAUGAGUAGUUUAACGUCGGGAUUGCAGUUUGCCCCAAGACUUUCUUUCGACUAUUGUACCAGAAAAACACCCGGACUUAUUCCUUACCAGAUAACCGUUGCUGUAGUGUUUGUGUUCUUACCAGUUUUUUUAUCUUUGUAUUAUUUCGUAACUACCUUUAUCAAGAUGAAAGGUGUCAGAAUCGAUAGACCUAAUUAUAAAAUUCCUGUAACGGUGAAAUGGGACCAUUCUCUUAUGCUUACUAAUUUAUACAGUUUCAUAUUUUUCGUAGUUUUUUGGUUACCAUUUGGUGUAGUCUUAGCCGUAGGCACAGUGAAUAGAAUACCCAAUAGAAUUUUUUAUAAUUUUGCGUGGUUAGGUAUUAGCAAGUCUUGCAUUAAUAGCAUAAUAUAUUGCAUCACUAAUAGGCAUUUUAGAGGAGCUUACGUAAAACUCUUCCAUUAUUGCUGCUGCAAGACGACCGUUUCGUUUUCCAGGAGACACAGACCUGAAGGCAUUAGACCUUCGGGAGACGUAAGGGUUCAUAUUAUUCCGGGCUAUAAUAUGUAUUGCAGCCCCCAGCGGGGACGAGAAGCCCAACUCAAAAGAAGUGCUAUUCGAACGAAUGGUGGAGACAUUUAUGAGUUAUGAUGAGAAAACACUAGCUCUUCCAUUAAAGGUGUAUGGAUUUAAGUGCGAACUAAUUAUAGACCUAAACAAGGUGAGGGUUCACGGUCUAGCAAUUGAGUUGCUUCAAUUCAUUCUCAAAAUUAUCAGUUUAACAACAUUAUUUGAUUCCCAUUGAUUUGAAUAAGUAUCUAUCGCGAGUGUGACAAACUUAGGAGAAAAAUAUCCAGGUUACUAACUUAGUAUUGAUUGAGAUUUCUGGGGAUUACUCAACUUACAAGGAUUUAUCAUCAUUGUUCUAUUGAAAUUUUCACCCGAAAGCGGUACAGAAUGUGUCGCAUUAUCUCUUACUUCGCUCUUCAACUACUGAUGACGUUGAAGUCGAUUUUUCAAGAACCGAAAGUAAUUUGAUGGCAACAUCAAAAAAUUCAGUUUCUUUCUCUCUCUCUUUAUAAUACUCGUACAAUACAAAUAUAAUAUGAUAAUAUAUAGGUCAUGAGCCUACAUUCAUCUAAAUCCUAUUCCAUCUAAAUGUUUUCCAAUGAAUAAUAUAGUAUUUCCUCCUAUUUGGUUUCAGAUUGUGCCGCUUAACUGAAAUUUUUGAAAUGUGAUCUUACUGAUGACUAUGCUCGAAAGAUUUGAAAUAACUUUUAAUGAUAUAUUAUAUUUCCGGCCUAAUUUCGCAUGAAUACAAGAUUCAUUACAAUAAUUCUUUUUGAAUUCGAAUCAUUCAUUUUUAUUGACAUAGUUUCACAAUAAGGAAAAACCAGAAGCAUUAUUUGUGAAAGCGGUUUUUCAUAUUUUCAGUACAUCUUUUCAAAUCUCUCAGAAAAAUAGAUUAAUUGAAAUGUAGAUUUAAUAUUCAAAAAACAUGUUGAUGGUUUGGAGUUCGAUUUACAGGGUUAGAACUAUUCAAAUCAGGCCACCAAUUUGAACUAAGCCAACGUUUCGUCUAUUCAUUGUGUCAAUUUGACAAGUUACCACUCUUAAUAUCUCAGCUCCCAUGCAAAAUGUAUAAGCGUUAUUUUAUACGUUGGUUUCAAUUUGUAUUAACCAUUUAAGCGUGAUGACUGCAAUCCCUGAAAUCUCAAAUGACCCAUUGGUCAUUUUCAUGAGAAAUGGAUUGGUAGAAGAGGACCAAUUGAAUGACCACCACGCUCCUCAGACCUGACACCAUUAGAUCUUUCCUCUGCGGACAUUUGAAGUCGGUUGAGUAGAAAACACAGCUUCGAGAUUUAAAAGAAUUGAAAGUGACAGAAUAAGUGAAGAAUCCGUCCAGCGUAUAAUUCAAGCUGAAGUUUCAAAAAAUGUAAGGGCCGAAUUUGAAAAUAGGCCUUAUUUUUGUCUACUAGAUUAGAUAUUAUGAAAAUAUUUCGAAGUAAAAAAUUUUUCAUGUUUCAUUGUAUUCAUUUGUUGUAGUUUAUAGUAAAUAUUCUAAUUUUGUUUUAAUACUAUCGAAAAAGAAUGAGCGUAUAGCAUUUUUGAGAAGGCCAUCGAAUUACCUUCAGAACAAGUUGUCAGUCAAUUCCUCCUAAUAUGAUUUUAGGAGUUGCUAUUAUAAUCCUAACAAGGUUAAUGUAAAUUCCAAAUUGCUUGGCGCCAAAUUUGCUUGUUCUCCUAGGAACCAAAGUUUACUUCUUUUUACUUUGUGCUGAAUUGACAUGGUUGUCGAGAUAUUAAAUGUGGUAUAUUUUUAAAUUGACUUGCUGUAUAUUUAGACUUUAUCAAGGCUACAGAGAAAAAUAACCAAAUCGGUAUAAGUUGAAGUGAUAAAUAUGUACCUAUAAUUAAAAGCUGAUAAAGUCGAUGUUUGGAAUAUUAACCUACAAUAUAUUUCGUCCAAUAUUCCAAUAAAGAUGAUAAGUUUGAGUAGAGAAAAUUUUGAAUAACAAGACAACAUUUCAGAACAUGAAAUUAGAAAUACUAGGAAACAAAGUUAUGAAUUGGACUUGAUAUGAACGUAUACGAGAAUUUUCGCAGUACCGCAUUUUGGUCGAAAAUAUUUCAAUACAAUGCUUAAAACUUGAGUUGAUUCUAGCCCACAUCUGUUUUUUCUACCUAAUAGUUCGGUUUUUUAAUAAUGUUAACUUGAAAUUGAAAAAUUAUGCAAGUAACGGUACAAUCGAAUUCAUUGUCUUGAAAGUUUUUGCUUUUUUUCUUUCAUUUACUGGGGAAUUGCGCAGCAAGGGGGUGGAUUCAUUCCUAUUCGAUUGAAAAAGAGUUUUGUUUCUUGUUGAAUAAUUUCUUAGGAUUAUUCGAAGCAUAUUCAAGUUUGAGUGAUGGGAAUUUUGUGUGACAUAUAAAAUCAGAUUAUCUUGACCACUUUGUCUAAUAACAAUUUUGUCCGCAUAGCCAUAUUCUUUAUAAUAUAAAGAACUCUAUGUUCAAUUGGAUAUCAUAGGGACCAUAACAUAUUCCAGGACGGAAUAUAUACAGCUUUGGUUUUGAUAGUAAAUUAAAUUGUAAUAUUUUGCUGAGUUGAUGGUCACAUGUUGAGAGGUAAUCACGUAACCUAGAAUACUUUCAAUUGAUUUGCUAUAUGAAACAGGGCUGCUGAUAUUUAAACUAAAUAUAACUGAACCCUAAUUGACCCACCCUUUAAGUCUUUGAUAAAAACAUAACAUUCAUCCUGCACCUAAUGGAAAAUGAAAUGAAUUAUAUCACAUAUUUUUCAAAUCAAAUCAAUGAGAAAAUUUGUUCCUUUUUCCUCUAUUGGACUGUUAACUCUCAUAUUGUUUAUAGACACCGGUGAAAAAGAAGGAAGAAAAAAAAGAAGUAGGAGAAGAAAGGUUGACUUGAAGGUUGAAUGAAUUUUUAAAGGUUCAUCUUUUUAUACAAGUGAAUUAAAUUCGAAAAAUCUAUUUUUUGUUUUUCUAGGAAUGACAAUAUUUUUGGAUUCAGCUUUUUCUAGGGAAAGAGGAAUAUAUUUAUCGAAAAGGUUUUCAAAAGAGCGGAUUUUGCGAAUUUUGUAUUCAGAUUUCUAGGGAUAUAAUUCUAAUCAAUCCUUCAUCGUCAAGUCUCAACCUUCUUUAUUGAGGAUAGAGAGCGAUAUUUGACUGAAAUACAUAUUUCUGUAAAACAUUUUCCCCUCACACAGAUUGGUGUACAAAUUUGGAUUGCAUGACAUACCUACAUCAACCAUGUUUCCCAAUGAGCUAAAAUGGAAUGUACUCACCUUGGCCAGUCGACCAUUAUAAAAUAACAAUAUGGAAAAUCAUGCUCUACAUACGCUUUGAGGGCAGCAUUUAAUUUUUCAUAGCUGAAGCUCAAUCACUCAAUAAAUAGAGAUGUUGGAAUUAAAACCCACAAAAGAAAAUAAAAUCUCGGCAAAUUUUGAAAUCCACAAUUCACCUUUUCAAGUUCUUCUAGAACUACAUAAGAUAUUGGAAACCUAAGAUGGCAUUGUAAAUUUUUUGUUACUCACAUUGACACACAUAUUCAUGAAAAAACCUGACCUCUUUUCAAUAGAGACAACUUAAAAGCAUAAUCAAUAGUACAAUAUAAUAUUUCAGGGUAUUCGAAAGACAGGAAUGAAAUAUUUUUCACGAAUGAAAAGGGGAAAUAUAUUUUAUAAUUGAUCAUUAUGAACUACAAAAAGUAUCAAAUUCCUCAAAAAUAUAAUGCUAAACAAAAACAUCAUAUAACUUCCUUUCGAGGAUUCUUCGAAAAUAAACAUAUAAUACACAUACUUUUCAGAUGAAACUAUAUCAGCAUGUUUACCCAAUAAUAAGGAUUAUACUUUAUAUAGCUUUAAUAUUCGAAAACUUUUUGCCCAUAUCUAUAGUGGAAGAUCAACAAAAACGUAUUGUAUAAUAUAAUCUUGAUAUUAAUAUUUCAAAAUUAUACCAACUGGAUGAAGUAAAUCAAUAAUUUAUUAUUUGGAAAUACUGUUCAUAAUCACGGCAUUUUGUAUAUUUUGCUUAAUAUUUUCUAUGAUAUUUUUUUCGUAGGCUUUUGUAUGACUUCUCAGUGUUUGUGGUCUGUCACUCCUCCAGGAGAAUGGGGGAAUCUUGAUUCGAAUCCGGGUCUUUUGAACUCGUCAUUGACCACGAAUACAAUAUUGAAGGCAUUUAGGAAAUUUAUUUUAUUCUCGAAAUGGAAAGAAUAAAUAUUAUUUGGAGAGAAAAAAAAGUUGAUUUCAGUCACAUAUAUGUUUUAUAUUCCUGAUUAUAUACAAUGAAUUCAUUCUAUAUUUGAAUUGUUCUUUCAAUUUAAAAUUUUUUCCUAAAUUUUCUAUGAAACUGCGAAAAACUUGGAAACUGUUACAAAAAUUUUACAUUAAAUUUUUGAAAAACGGCUACCAAAGUAGAUAAGAUGACAAUUUUCGUCAUAGGACUUAAUGACAUAAAUUAUAAUUUCUGCUACUUCUAAAUUCAUUAUGAUAACUGGAAGAAAUAUUAUUCAUAAAUUUCUUGUUUACACACGUUUGAAUAUAACAACAUUUUUUCACUAAUGGGCAGAUUCAUAAUGAAAAUAUAUUUUAUGAAAGUACAUGGAAUUUCGAUAAAUAUUGCUUCUUACAGAAGUAACAAACAACAUUUAAAUUAGGUUUAAUAUCUGUUAGGAGUAGCAUUCCAAAUUUUUUUGGUAUAAUAUCGGUUCAAUUUAACAAUUUUUUGUUAUGAGUAGCCCAGCAUACUGAAAAUAUUAUCUUCUUGUGGACCAUUUCGGCUUAAAGAUUACGACAAUAUUAUUUAACUAUAUAGACAAUAAUAUCGAUACUGUAGGAAGAUAAGAAAAAAUCGCCAUCCAUAUUUUGUUGAAAGGUUCAACUGCACUAAACAGGAAUCAUGCUGUAAGUAAUUUUAAUUCAUUUCUAUCCGGAGAAAUCCAGAAAUUUAUUUUUAUUGAAUUUGUACUAAUUUUUGAGAAAAAUAGAUGAUCCAAAAACUUUCAGUGAUUCAGGGAAAGUUUUCAUGGAAUAAUCGAAAAAAUAUAUGAAUCACCUCUUCUUCAGUUGAAAAUAAAAAGGAUAUCGAAAAAAAUUAUAUUACAAAAGAUUUCUGUUGGGUGUAGGUAAUUCUGAAAUAUCUUGCUACACAGUCGCUAUUUUGAAACAAUAGUUCAAGAUUGAUAUAUCUCUUAGUUAUUGAUUCUGAAUGAUUUCCAGUAUUUCUUCAUUGAAGAACGAAGAAAAAUAUAGCUCAUUCGUAGUGCUAAUACAAGUUUUGAGUUUUUCUAUUCGGUAUCAUAAUAUGUACAAACUACAGUAGUGAUUUGUUGACCAUAAGCUAAUAAUAUUAUCUUUUUUGAUAAGAUAGCCCAGAGAGACAGUAGAAAACGACUUACCUAUAUGUUGUUCGUAUCUUAAUUAGCAACAAAAAUAAUUUCCAUAAGAACUGUUCAUAAUGAUAUUCAGAAUCCGUGUAUAAUAUGAUUGCCCUUGCUUCAAUAACAGUUUGAGUUUGGUUAUUUUGUGAAACAUGCGCCAUAAUGAAAAUUUAAUCAAUCUCCAUUUGAAAUCUCAAAUAUUUUCGAUAUGUUUCCUAAUAUUUUGUAUUUGAUAAAUCUUGUUUCUAUAAUAUAUCUUCAUAUAUAGGUUCAAAUGAACACUGAAAAAGAAGAAUGGAGUUAGGAUUCUUAAAUCUACUUAGAAAUUCUACGAAGUACUUCGGAAGAGAUUUGAUUAAGGCAAAUAUUUUGCAGUUGCAGUUAGAACAAUGGGUCUUAUAUUUUAUGUUGCACAAAUUCAAUGUUUUUAUUUCAACCAAAUUUUGAGUGAUAAUGAUGAACACCUAAAAAGCUUGGAAUUUAGAUAUGUAAACUGCAAAAUCUGUGUUGUUGAUAGUAUUGAUUGUAAGGGUAUGGGCUUGAAUUUGAAUGAAUUGUACAAACAAUGACAAUUGUUUCAUUUUCAUUGUUUGAUGUCCAGAUUGAGGUUGCUGUAUUUUAUUAGUUUUUCUCUCUUCAAAUAUUUUUUUCAACAUAUGAAGUGGAUGUUCUUACAUUUCUUAUUUUUGUGAUAAAUGUAUUGAGCUUUUGUAAGUGAAAGCAAUUGCUAUAUCUAUAAUAUUUAGCUCUUUUCAUUGAUGUAUCUAUAACCUAUUAUUAUUGCAAAAUUAUGUCCAUAAAAGGUGCUAUUUUAGUUGGACUCGUAUAAUGGAAUUUUUUUCCAUAUUCAUUUGAUUUUGUGAUCAAUAUGAUCUCUCUACUUCGAAAGUAUUUGAUUUACUAUUGCAGUAUUUACCUCGUUUAGGUAGAAUUUUAAUCUUCAUAAAAAUUGAAUUUAAACUGAAAUUAUAUUCAUUUUCUCCUCCAUGAUGUUGUUACUUCUGAAUUAUCUUGUGUAUACAAUAAAGAUAAAUUGGAAUUAUGUAUACGAAUCUUAGCAACAGGUCAUAAAAUUAUUUUUUUACAUAAUUCAGGCUGAAGUGUUGUGGUCAUAUUGAAUAAAUUUUAAUGAAUUCCUUCAUUUUAAUGAGCUGUGAUAGGUGUAAUGAAACUACGAGUCUUGUAAGUUUAAGAGUAAGAUGUAAGAAAUUUUAUAAAAUUUUUUCAUGGAUAUAUAUAAUAUAUGAGUAUCCAAAAUUAUUCAAAGAAGUAAACCAUAUUGAAUGUUUAGUUUUAAGGAAUAUUCAGCUUGUAAGUUCUCAGAGAACCAUAAAUGA